AUGAGAACACGUGUGAAUGAUAAACGAAAGAGACAUUCGGGGCCAGCAGCCACACAGUCUGCUGUGCGCUUCGAAAUCGAGCCUGUCCGCCACUGUUCGUUUUCUUCUACUACCCUACUGGUCGACGACGACGAACACGACGAAGAAGACGACGAAGAUGAGGACGAAGUCGAAGACGAGGACGAAGACAAAAAUGAGAAUGAUCACGAAGACGAGGACGACGACGAAGACGAAGAUGACGACGAUGAAGAAGAAGACGACGAUGAAGGCAAAGACAAGGACGACGACGAAGACAAUGAGAACGACGAUGAAGAAGAAGACGACGAUGAAGGCAAAGACGAGGACGACGACGAAGACGAAGAUGACGACGAUGAAGGCAAAGACAAGGACGACGACGGAGACAAUGAGAACGACGAUGAAGAAGAAGACGACGAUGAAUGCAAAGACGAGGACGACGACGAAGACAAUGAGAACGACGAUGAAAGCAAAGACGAGGACGACGAUGAAAGCAAAGACAAGGACGACGACGGAGACAAUGAGAACGACGAUGAAGGCAAAGACGAGGACGACGACGAAGACGAAGAUGACGACGAUGAAGGCAAAGACAAGGACGACGACGGAGACAAUGAGAACGACGAUGAAGAAGAAGACGACGAUGAAUGCAAAGACGAGGACGACGACGAAGACAAUGAGAACGACGAUGAAAGCAAAGACGAGGACGACGACGAAGACAAUGAGAACGACGAUGAAGACGACGAAGACGAAGACGAGGACGACGAUGACAAAGACGAGGACGAUGCUUCGAAUAAUCAGAACGAUCCGUGGGAAACCGGGUGGUUUUCAAAGGUGGUCUCUCCUCUUUGUUGCGAUCGGAACGAGCAUACUUACACAUACACCUACCGACGAUGA